AUGACCACUAAUCAAGCCACUUCAGCGGAUGAGGAUCCAGUAAGUUAUAUUGACUGCAGUGAAGAUUGCAUUCCAAAUGACUUAUCUAAUGAAAUGGAAUAUGGUGAAAUCAAAGAUUCCAGAAAUGAUGAAAUAGAAGAUGAUAUACCUAAUGACUUGUCUGAUAAUAAGUUUAAUGACAUUCUAUUAUCACCAACAAAGAGUACUACUGUUAUGAUUGAGGUUGGAAUGAAAUUUUCCGAACAAAAGGAUAUAUUAGACUUGUAUACAACAUUUGGGAAGGCAAAAGGUUUUGGAAUUCGGAAAAGAACAUCCAACGAGAACUACGUGAUGCUAACAUGUGUUAGAGAGGGCUAUCAUCAACCGAGAAAGGGAAAAGAUGUGCGUGAAUUGUGUGCAACCAAACCAAGGCGGACAUCAUCAUCACGUAUGGGGUGUGAAGCUUGUCUCAAGGCUUCUAGAGAGAGAAAAACAAAAAUGUGGAAAAUCACAUAUUUCAUUGACAAGCAUAACCAUGAGAUGGUUACUCCAAAAAGUGUUUCAUAUUUGAGAUCACAUAGAAAAAUGCCCGAUGCUGCAAAAUGUUUGAUAGAAGAAUUCAAUAACGCGGGUUUGCCUACUGGAAAGGUGGCCACCAUCUUCAAAAGCCAUGAUUUAGGGUUUGACAGUCGAGAUUGUUAUAAUCAUAUGAAAAAUGUGAGGAGAAGGGUAUACGAUAUCGGGGAUGCACAAGUUGUGCUACUUUAUUGUAUUAAACAACAAUCACUGAAUCCUAGUUUUUUUUAUUCUAUUAUGUGUGACGAUGAUGAUCGUAUGGUUAGUUUUUUUUGGAUUGAUGCAAGAUCCAGGCACGCCUAUGAGCUUUUUGGGGAUGUCAUCACAUUUGACACAACAUAUAGGACUAAUAAGUAUUCCAUGCCAUUUGGACCCUUUGUUGGUGUAAAUAAUCAUUUGCAGUCCCUCUUAUUUGGAUGUGCUUUAUUACACGAUGAGACUGAGGAUAGUUUUGUAUGGCUUUUUGAGGAAUGGCUUCGAGCAAUGAAUGGAAAACAUCCAGUUGCCAUAAUUACUGAUCAAGACUUGGCGAUUAGCAAUGCAGUCUCCAAAGUUUUUCCAAAUACGAAACACAGAUUUUGUUUGUGGCAUAUCAUGAAAAAGUUUCCAGAAAAGUUAUCUCAUCUCUACCAUGACCACGCAUCAUUUAAAAGGCAUUUGAAUGACUGUAUUUGGAGCUCCAAGAGCACUCAAGAGUUUGAAGAUAGAUGGCAAAGAUUUCUUAUUCAGUAUGGUCUUAUUGAAAAUGAGUGGUUGAAUGUACUUUAUACAAUUAGAUCCUCUUGGGUACCAAUCUUUAACCAUUCCACUUUCUUUGCUGGUAUGAACACUACUCAACGUAGCGAAAGUAUAAAUUCAUUUUUUGAUGGUUUUGUUACAUCUGGCACAACUUUAAAGGAAUUUGUGGAGAAAUAUAAUCAAGCAAUAGAUGCUCGCUACGAGUCAUUUAAAAAAGAAGACUUUGAAUCUAGGCACAAAGAAAGGAUUUUGACAUUUAAUAUGCCAUUGGAGGAGCAUGCUGCUAAAAUUCCUGAACACUUCAUUCUGCAGCGUUGGAGCAAGGAAGGAAAUGUGAUACCAAGCGGAGAGAAGGACAGAUGUACCGCAAAUGGAGAUAGACUUCUUCGCAGCUUUCAUCUACGCUCUAGAUAUUCCAAACUUGAUGACCUUGCAUAUAAGUCAGAUGAAGCUUUUAAAUUAAUUUGUGAUGGUAUUGAUUCUCUCUAUAAAGCAGCAGAAAAAGUUCUAGCGUGCGAAGAGAGUAGUGGUCUUGGGGAUUCUAAUUUACAGUUGUUGGGUUUUCAUCAUGAAGAGCCUUCUAUGAUGUACUUGAAGGAUCCAAAUAUUUCACAAACGAAAGGGCGGAAAAGGGACUCACAAAGUACUUCACAGGGACACAGGAUUCGUAGCGGGAUUGAAGAAGCAUCAAAGCAUACUAAUAUUUGUGGCAAUUGUAAGAAGCGGGGACAUAAUAAACGCACAUGCAAAGAAUAUAUAGAUGCAAUACAUUCAAUGUUGAGCAAACAACAUUGA